AUGAAUUUGAAUCCACACUCGGUCGUACCAAAACCCUCCGGCCGCAAAGGCAAUAGAAAGGUCCGCACAGGCUGCAUCACCUGCAAGAUCCGUAAAGUCAAAUGCGACGAGGCCAGGCCAUCAUGCCUGCGAUGCGUUGGAACGGGCCGCAGAUGCCAGGGAUAUGUUGGUCGUUCGUCAGCACCCAAUGCCCUACUUCGGCUCAGCCCAACCAUGGAGUUUGAGUCCGCCGAGGGAUGCCGCGCUUUUGACUACUAUCGCAGCCAGUCAGCCCCGGUUCUCAGCAACAUAAUGGAUUCCGAGUUUUGGAGUGGCUUAGUAAUGCGACUGAGUGUCACGGAACCGAUUGUGCGGCACGCCGUCCUAGCAAUGAGCAGCCUUCAUGAGCAUCUCAGCACCCACAAAGAAGGCACUGACGCCGUUGGGCCAUCGUUCACCUACGCGGAAUAUGGAAAGUCGAUAUCGGCACUGAGAGAUUGGAAACCAAGCAAUGGGCCGACUAUCCCACUAUUGGCCUGUGUUCUGUACACAUGCCUGGAAUUUCUCCUUGACAACGAACAGGCCGCGCGGAUGCACAUCAUCGAAGGCCGGAAACUGUUAGGCUCCAUCGGCAACGAGUCGUCGCCCGCUCUUGAAAUGGUUAAGCGAGAUUUGGUUCCCAUGUAUACAAGACUAGGUCUGGCGGCAUUUCUAUACGGUGGCAGUCCCCCACGCGUACCAGAGCAUUUGCGCCCGUCCAUCUCGACGCCUGUAAGAUUCGAAAGCAUAGCCGAGGCUAGAACCUUGCUCUAUCACCUGCUGGAUGAAGCGCUGCGGUUUAGCACGACUGCACGACCACAAGUCUACACGGGAGAGCUUGAUGUAGAUGGUUUACAGAAUCUUGCCUCUGCGCAACAGGACUUGCUAUCCCGUCUGAGUCAUUGGCAUACACUUUUCAUUGUCCUCAUCAGCGGUGUGAAAACGACACAAGCAAACACUUGUACACAAAACCUCCUACUGAUGUACUACAACACGGCUACCAUCUGGGUCUCUACGUCGCUCAGCCAGGACGAGGUAGCCUACGAUAGUCACAUCACUGCAUUUGGCACUAUUGUGUCGCUUGCUUCGGCAAUCAUCACGGGCGCACAGCGCGGACCGCCGCUGCAUUCAUUCAGCUUUGAGACAGAGUUGAUAGCACCAGUCUACUGGACAGCACAGAAAUGUCGGCACCCACUGCUGCGCCGUGCCGCCGUGAAGCUACUAAUGAAGGACGAACUGAGGAACCGGCGCGAAAAUCUCUGGCACUCCAACGAAGCCAUUGCAAUAGCACUUCGAACGAUAGAAAUCGAGGAGGAGAGUAUUGACAGAUCCAUGGUAGCCACCGAUAGAAAUGCCAUGGACCUGAGACCAGGUUCUCACAGCACACCGUAUUCAGAGGCCUCAAGCAGAGAUUCCAACAGAAGCAACUGGCAUGUCCCCCUUCACCAACCACCCACACUCUCGCUUGAUCAGUUCGAAGAAGAAAUGCAGCUGGAUGAGCUACUGGACUUCAACAGGAUCCCAGAGACGGGUGUUGGUGCUGCUCACGAUGCUGGCAGUCUGGCUGAAGUCCUGGAUGUACAGGCUGAUGUUGUUCAGCUGCAGUCCCCGUAUGGCGUGCCCGAGAGCUCACGCAUCAAGAACGUUUUGAUUGGGCCUCGUGACAAGAAUGGUGUUUCGGUGACGACGUUCCGGGAGCCGCAGAAUGUAGAGGAUCAAUGGGAUGUGAGGAAAGAGUUCAUCCCAUUUGUUUAA